AUGCCCUCACCUCAAAAUGUACGCCGACUGGUCUUGACAGUCGCUGUGACAUCGAUCACGAUUGCUAGCUCGCUAUAUGGAGCGGGAUUAAAGACGAAAGAGGAGAUCGCGGAGACCACGCGAAAACGCCAAGAAUCCACCUUUGAUGAGCAACUCAAAGCCCUUCAGGGCAUGCGCUCCAACCUGACUGCCCGCAAAGGCAUACUGGAGGGGCAGAUCCGGGACUUGGAUGCCAAAAUGGAGGAAAAGAGACAACGUGCUGCAUUGGGCAAGGAUAAGGAGCAACAAGAAGAAGGACGACGGUGA